GGGAGCUUUAACCCUCAAUUUUCAGUGGUAGUGAGUUGUAAAACCUAAAAAGGACGGUUCAUUGGAAGCGUUCGGUGACAUCAUCAGAAUUAAAGAGUAAUAUUUUUACAAAAUAGUAAAUGUACUUUGUCAAUUAAAACAAAGCUUUACAAUCACUGGCAUGCAGUGAAUCAACCUCCCCACCCUAAAGCGACUGGACAAGAAGGUAACGUUACGGCCAGAAAGGAGAUCCUGCAGGUUCUGCCGGCUGCGAUGGUGCCAGAAAUUCAUUAAGACAGGGAAGACAGAGUCCAUCGGCAGAGGCCUGUCUGCAGUCCUAACAGCCUGGCAGAAAAUUCAGCCCGGGCCUUUGAUCCGUCAACCCGUGAGAUGCCCUCCCUCCCCAACGAUGGAGAGGAUCAAGGAACAUCCCCCGUGAACCUGCCGUCUGCUCUGUCCUAUCAGAACGGGGGGAAGAGGAAGGUCCGCACCAAGAAGAAGAAGAAGGGAUCCAUCUCAGCCAACGUGGCAGGAACCAAAUAUGAGAUCGUGCGCAUCGUGAUCGGGGAAAUGGCCUUCCUGAAGACCAGAGACGAGGACGAAACGGCCAACCUCAUCUGGAACGACUCUGCGGUGCAGCACGAGAAAAUCGCUGAGCUCAGGAACUACCAGAGAAUUAACCAUUUCCCGGGAAUGGGCGAGAUCUGCCGGAAGGACUGCCUGGCACGGAACAUGGCCAAAAUGAUAAGGAGCCAGCCGCAGGAGUACGGCUUCAUCCCCAAAACCUGGAUAUUCCCCGCCGAGUACACCCAGUUCCAGAACUACGUCAAGGAGCUGCGGAGGAAGCGCAAGCAGAAGACCUUCAUCGUCAAGCCCGCCAACGGCGCCAUGGGUCACGGGAUCUCCCUGAUCAGAAACUGCGAGAAGCUUCCGGCCCAGGACCACUUCAUCGUCCAGGAGUACCUGGACAAGCCCUUCCUGAUGGAGGGCUACAAGUUCGACCUGAGGAUCUACAUCCUGGUCACCUCCUGCGACCCCCUCCGCAUCUUCCUGUACAACGACGGCCUGGUGCGGAUGGGCACGGAGAAGUACCACGUGCCCAACGAGUCCAACCUGAAUCAGCUGUACAUGCACCUGACGAACUACUCCGUGAACAAACACAACGAAAACUUCGAGAGGGACGACACGGUGGACAAGGGCAGCAAGAGGUCCAUCGGCUGGUUCACGGAGUUCCUCCGCACCCACGACCAUGACGUGGCCAAAUUUUGGGGCGACGUUUCGGAGCUGGUGGUGAAGACCCUCAUCGUGGCCGAGCCUCACGUCCUGCACGCCUACCGCAUGUGCCGCCCCGGCCAGCCACCAGGGAGCGACAGCGUCUGCUUCGAGGUCCUGGGCUUCGACAUCAUCCUGGACCGCAAGCUGAAGCCGUGGCUUCUGGAGAUAAAUCGAGCUCCAAGUUUCGGGACGGAUCAGAAGAUUGACUAUGACGUUAAGAAGGGAGUCCUGAUCAACGCUCUGAAGCUCCUGAACAUCAGGGCCAGCGAUAAGCGGCGGAACCUGGCGCAGCAGAAGGCGGAGGCUCAGCGCCGGCUCUACGGCCAGGGCUCCAUGAAGAAGCUGUCGGCCGGGUCCUCCGAGUGGGAGAAGCAGAGGCACACGCUGGAGCGGAGGAAAGAGGAGCUGAAAGAGCGGCUGGCUCAGGUCCGCAAGCAGAUCUCCAGGGAGGAGCAUGAGAACCGACAUCUGGGGAACUACAGACGCAUUUACCCCCCGGAUGACAAGCUGCUCUUGGAGAAGUAUGAGAGCCUGCUCUCCGCCGCCUUUCAGACGUUCCUCGCCGGGCGGGCCGCCUCGCUUCAAAAGGAAAUGAAUAAUCCUCUGAAACGAAUGAAGGAGGAAGACAUCCUCGACCUCCUGGAGCAGUGCGAGCUGGAUGAUGAGAAACUCAUGGGCAAAUCGUCUCGGCAACGAGGGCCUAAGCCUCUGUUGUCCAUGCCCGAGAGCGCCCAGACGCCCAAGAAGCAGAGGGACGGCAGCAGCGCCAGCAGCUGCGGCGACAGCAGCUCGUCCGGCUCGGAGGACCAGGAGAAAGAGGACCUCCAGGAGCGCAAGGAGAAGAAGGUUUCAUACGACCUGGGGGAGAACAGGCACAAGCCGUCGGAGCGCUCCAGCAGGGUGCACUGGAAGCCUCCGGUCAAGCCCGUCAAAGCCGGCCCCUCGGCUUCCCCGACGCUGCCGGGCCCGAUCCGGCGCUCCAUCUCCUGCCCGCGCUCCAUCUCCUCGCUGACGGCGCAGUCGCCCACCGGCGAGCAGCGGGCGCCCGCCGCCAAGCCCGCCACGCCCGCCCUGCGGCCCAGCUCCGCCUCCCGCUCCCACUCCCUGAACCGCGGGGCCUCCGCCGGCAGGGUGCCCCACAGCAGCAGCCUGGGGACCAUCCAGUCCAGCAUGGGCGAGCCCAUGCUCAACUUGAGAACUAAGGAGCAGGAGGCGGAGCUGACUCGGCAGACCCUGGCCGCUCUGAGCGAAAUGAGGAUCCGCUUCCCCGGGAAGAGCGAGGAGGAGGCGGAGAUGGUCCUGGAUGACAUACUUGAUAACUGGAAAUAUCAUAAACCAAAAGUGGCCUCUUAUUGGUUGGUGAAGUUGGACUCCACAAAACAAAGGAAGGUCUUGGACAUCGUUCGCACCAACGUGCGCUCGGCGCUGCAGAGGAUCUGGAGGGAGCCCGACGUGGACAGUUUACAUUUGUACCGCCUUUUCAACCGUGUCUUUAACCGCCUGCUCUGGAGCCACGGCCAGGGGCUGUGGAACUGCUUCUCCAACUCCGGGUCGUCGUGGGAGACCAUCCUGAAUAAGAGCAGCGAGGCGGUGUCGCCGGUGGAGCUGCAGUGCUGCCAGAGGCUGGUGCAGCUGUGCCGCGACUGCCUGCUCGUGGUCUACAAGUUCGUGGCCGACUCCCGCGGCUCCCUGACCGGCCUCAGCCCGGAGUGGGACGACACCAGGUAUCUGCUGCCGGUGACCUCCCAGUUCAUUAUGAAGUGGCCUUCCUCCAGCUUCGGACGCGUCUCCUCGGCCUUGCCCCGCUCCCGCAGCCUGUUCACCACCAGGAUGGGGCAGUUCUGAGGAGAGGAGAGAAGAGGAGGGAGGGAGGGAGGGAGGGAGGGAGGGAUGGACGGAGUGCUACAAGCUGUUUCCCAGCUCUGUAGAUUGGCAGAUUUAUCUGUUCCCGGAGCCCCUCAACACUCGGCUGAGGAGGACUGGACCCCGCCCGUGUCAAAGGCCGUGCCGAACGAGAGCAAGAACGGACGGAACUGUGCACCCCCUCCCCCCCACACCGCCCCCACCCCUC